CAAAUCAAAUUCCGACUGCAGCGCCGGCAGACAGAGGCGACACACUUAGAAGCAGACAUGUUCCGCAAUCAAUACGACAACGACGUGACAGUAUGGAGCCCGCAGGGCCGUAUUCAUCAGAUCGAGUACGCCAUGGAGGCAGUGAAGCAAGGCUCGGCCACUGUAGGACUCAAAUCCAGAACCCUUGCGGUCCUGGUUGCUCUGAAGAGAGCCCAGUCUGAACUGGCUGCCCACCAGAAGAAGAUCCUCCAUGUUGACGAACACAUCGGUAUCUCCAUCGCUGGGCUGACUGCUGAUGCCAGACUGCUCUGUAACUUCAUGCGUCAGGAGUGCCUGGACUCCAGAUUUGUCUUCGACAGGCCCCUCCCCACAUCACGUCUCGUCUCUCUUGUUGGCAGCAAAACUCAAAUCCCAACACAGCGGUAUGGGAGGAGGCCCUAUGGUGUGGGACUCCUCAUUGCCGGCUAUGAUGACAUGGGACCUCACAUCUUCCAGACCUGCCCAUCAGCCAACUACUUUGACUGCAAAGCCAUGUCAAUCGGAGCACGCUCUCAGUCUGCACGCACCUACCUGGAGAGAAGCAUGGACAAGUUUUCCGACUGCAAUCUGAAUGACCUGGUCCAGCAUGGCCUCCGUGCUCUCAGAGAAACUCUCCCCGCCGAGCAGGACCUCACCAUCAAGAAUGUGUCCAUUGGCAUUGUGGGAAAGGACAUGGAGUUCACCAUUUAUGACGAUGAUGCUGUUGCCCCGUUCCUGGAGGGACUGGAGGAGAGGCCACAGAGAAAGGUUGCCCAGGCUGCAGAUGAACCUGCUGCAGAUGUAGUCGAGGAGCCAAUGGAGCACUGAGGCAGCGAGCUGACCAGUGAUCUACUUCCUGUAGAUCUCAAACCAACCAGAAUCACCUGAGUAAUUUCUUAGAGGGGAAAGUUGUUGAGACGUGCCACUUGCUUAACUGUUAUUCCAAAAUAUUCUGUUUUGACAUCAACCAGCGUGAUGUUGCUUUUGUAUGAGUAAAGUCGAACAUUAUACAAGUAAUAAACUCUUUUUUUGAAUUGUG